AUGCAGCUUCGGAAUUCGGUGCUUGCGGGUGCGUGCUUUGCACUCGUGUGCUGCGCGGCGGCAGACACCUCACAUGUGCUUACUCCUGAACUUCUAAUAGAGGCGGCGCGUCCCGGGACCGGAAUUGUGAAUCACGAAGGUACGCAAGUCAUUGUUCCCGUCUCCUAUGCGUCUACGCAGACGGGCAAAAAAAGCAGCGACCUCUACCACGUCCAGCUGAAUCACACUGCGCGCGAUCCGAAGAGCGCUGCUGCUCGUGUAGCGCAAAAUACUUCAGAGGAGAGUGCGUUUCUCGAUGAAACAUCGUUUGCGUUCCUUGCCAACAAGACACUGUUUACGUGCUCGCUCAAAGCAGCGUGCAAACCCGUCAAGCUGCUCGACGUGCCUGUCCGCAUUGAGAACUUACGCAGCGUGCAGCAUGACAAUGACACGACGCUUGUAUUUUCCGCUACUGUGUAUGAAGAUGGCUCGCUCGAGGGCGCGGCAAGUGCCGAAGAAAGCGAGGCGCUGCACAAUUGGGAGAAGCAUUACAAAGUCUAUGAUGACUUGAUGGUGCGCCAUUGGGACCAGUGGCUCUACCCCAAGCGAAAAACGCAACUCUUUUCCGUGGACGUGGCGAAGGACGAGCAUGGCGUGUGGCACAACACCAGCGCGUUCCGCAACAUGAUGGGGGGCACAAGGCUAGAAUCGCCCGUAGGACCUCUCGGUACCGCGCAAGACUUUGCAGUCUCGUCUCGCUAUUGCAUCUUUACGGCCAAGGACCCUGAUAUGAACCCUGCUUGGCACACGAAACAGAACUUGUACCUCGUCCCGCUGCGCGGCGGCCCAGCACCGCGCAAAAUUACGCGCGACGGCCGCGGCUGGGUGGGCAGCCCCGCGAUAUCCCCCGACGGUGAUACCAUUGCAUUUUUGCAGCAGUACAGAGAUGGAUUCGAGAGCGACCGCAAGAUCGUGCAGACCUACUCGAUCCGCGCCAAUGCGCAAACCGAGCAGUACAGUGACUGGCAGCUGUCGCCUGACGCUCUCACAUUCUCGCGCGAUGGGCGUACCUUGUACAUUAGCGUGCCCGAGCACGAGCAAGUGCGUCUAUACCGCGCACCGUUCCACGACGGCAAGCUCGGUGCACGCCGCGCACUCGUCGAGCAAGGCGGAGUGAGUGGAUUUGCUGAGCUUGCAGACGAAAGCCUGCUCUACACGCUCUCUUCGUUCGAUCACCCCAACGAUCAGUUUGUGUACAAAGACGGCCACAGCGAGCGCUUAACCGACUUUUUUGGCGCAGACGACCGGUACAGCCAGCUGGACCUCGGCGCAACAGCAGAGCAGUUUGACUAUAUCGGUAGCGACAAUGUCACAAUGCACGGCUGGAUCGUCCGGCCGCCAGGAGACACGGACAAGAAGCUGCCGCUCGCGGUGCUAAUUCACGGCGGUCCCGAAGGCGAUUGGACUAAUGCGUGGUCUACGCGCUGGAACCCCAAAGUAUUUGCUGCCGCUGGAUUUGUUGUCGCCAUGCUCGAUCCCUCUGGAUCCACGAGCUUUGGGCAGGAUAUGACAGCACGUGUCCUGCAGCACUGGGGCGAUCGCGUCCUGAAAGAUGUGCUGAAAGGUGUGCACCACGUCUUGGACACGCAGCCAAAUGUCGAUAGGCAGCGUGUCGUGGCGGCAGGCGCGAGCUUUGGCGGUUACAUGGUGAACUGGAUUCAAGGACAUAACAAUGACUCGCUAUUCAAAGCACUCGUCACACACGACGGCGUGUUCAACACAGAGGCAAAUUGGUAUACUACCGACGAGCUCUACUUCCCUGAAGCUGAAUUCGGCGGCAUGCCCUGGACGAACAAGAAUGGAUUUGGCCAAUUCAGUCCGCACCACCAUACGGGCAACUGGAAUACGCCGCAUUUGAUCGUGCAUGGCGGCCGUGACUACCGUCUAGACCCUGCCGAGGGCAUCGCUGCAUUCAACACACUGCAGCGCCGCGGCGUGCCUUCCCGGCUUCUCUUUUUCCCGAACGAGGGGCACUGGGUCACGGAUGCAAAGAAUGCAUUAAAAUGGCACCAUGAAGUAAUUGGAUGGCUGGUCCAGUGGUCCGCUCGGGAUGCAGCGCCUGCAUACCGCACGGCCCCUCGGAUGAUGCACUUCCAGUCGACGCCGUAG